AUGGCCAGGUUCAUGUCUGACAAACCCUCACAGAUUGCUGCGAUGCCUCCACCAUUUGGACCGGUAGCUUCCAUGCCAUCUGACGAGCUACAAGGUUCUCAGUCGAUCGAAGUUCCAUCAUCCUCCGAACUAUACUGCUCCCAUGACAUUCAUUCUGGCCAGCUAGGCCCUAGUAACGCUCCUGAUGAUGCCGCUACUAGCGAUCGAAACGUUGACGGUCUCUCCCAGGCUGUACAAGGCAUUGAUUUUUCGGAAAAGAAAUAUCAUGAUAGUCCCGAUUUUUCUAGUGAGGGUCCAGAAAAUGGAUUAUUGAAACGGGAGUCAUCCUUUGACGAGGAUGACCGCACCCAUCUGUCAAGUUCUUCGACCAAACCGACGAGUUUUGACUCGAAGAGCAUGGCGUCAGUCACCACAUUUGCUAUGGACGAGAAGGACUCUUUGCGUCCUGAUGAUAGUGCUAGCGUGCAAGCCAUUGACGAGGAAGAAUCUCUCUCCGGACCUGCUUCUGGUGCACCCAAUUCGUUGACGGGAUCCGAUUCGGGUGUUCGCGGGUUUAGGGACAUACAACGACCGCGGGCUAUACUUCAGCCGACAGGACCAGUGUAUCCCGACGGCACUCAGCAUAGUAACGGUGCUAUUCUUCCAGACGCGAUGUCCAGCGGCUUUAUCACCCCCAACUCGGAGGCCUUCCAAGCUGGACGACCCAUACAUGGUUUUCCGUCUGAGCCAGAUGAAAAGCUUCUUGAGGCCAUUAAAUCCCCUAAGGAUCGUCUUCUGAUUCUACAGCUAGAAGAGAAGGUUCGGCAUUUCAUACAGAACUCCAAGGAGCAUUCAUUGGAACUUCCUCCUUCCAAUGCUUUUGGGAGACUCUUGGCUCAUAAACUGGGCGACUACUACCAUCUGACCCACUUCGUGGAUAACAAUGUCACGUCAGUCAGACUUCACAGAACACCUUUCUGUCGACUGCCAACGCCCCUGUCCAUCAUAUAUGCUGCCAACAACAGCACGCCGCCACCUGCCAUGCCUGCCAUGAAGAUCAUGAGACGUGCAGGCAGUGAGCGACCUUCCACUGAGGGCAGCAUCGCAGCAAGCUCUGGUCAAUCGAAAGAUGGAUCGGAAGCUGGCGACAGCGGUAACGACGGAGAUCGUGGUGGUUCUUCUGCAGGUGCCACCCCGGCGAAAGAUAGACUAGCUCUUACCCGAGAGGAGCGAGAAGCCAAGUAUCAGGAAGCGCGCGAGCGCAUCUUCCGAGAUUUCCCUGAGUCAAAGGCAGCAGCCGAAACCGCGAAUGGCGACAGUAGCGCCAACAUGUCGCGCUCAAGUUCAACCAGCGGACGCAAGAAAACGCACCGACAGAAAACGCCGCAUGACGACAGCUUCGAAGCUCGGUCUCAGUUCAAUGCCUACUACCCUGGGAUGCAGUUUGGCAACGGUUCAGUGCCGUAUGGUACGGCUAUGAAUGAUCCGUCUUUCCCAAACCAGCCCUGCAUGGUUGGACCUGGAGUAUCCCCACCCAGUAUGGGCUAUACACCUAGUGUGCAGACUGGGGCCAUGUACCCAGGUCCCGUGAAUCAGAACACGAUGCCCCAUUACUCGAUGCCUGUCUCUCCCCAAAUGACGCCGAGUGGUCCGUGGCAAAAUGGGCCUGUUUCUCAGCAGUCUCCUUACACAGGAUAUGCAUCCAUCACUCAGUCGCCGGCAAUGGCGUCUACGAAAUCAUCACCUGCGCUUGGCAGCUAUCCUAUGCCCAACUCUGUACAAUACCAACAGACGCCCGGCUGGUCGACACCACCUUAUCCUGGCGGCUAUCCUCUUCCGCCUCAUCGCAACCACCCUCCUACCCAUGUCCCGGCCGCUUGGACAAAUUAUCAGACCCAACCGCCUACCCCUACUUCGUAUCCCUAUACUCAAUAUCCGGGCCAGCCAACGAGCCCUGCUAUGCAGCCUCACUCAGGCUCUCACCCUAUGCCUGGAAACUUUAGUCGGUCUCCUUUCAAUCCUCAAACCCGCUCGUUUGUUCCAGGUGGAGCAGCCACAUUAGCACGGCACCCUGCUAAGGGCGGUCAGCACGGCAUGGGCCCGUACCAAGGCCUGCAGCCCGGGGUCCUUCCACAGUGGAAUGGCUAUCAGGAUAUCAACAACAAGAGUCCGGAUGCAUUGGGGUCCGCUGGGCAGAGUCUCCCUCGCAGUAUACCCUCCGGUGGACGAGACUCAAUUGCCAAAUGGGGAACGCCAUCUCAUCUCCCUCCCAAGCCACCACCGUCCGAGGUGCCAUCCGAAUUCGACAUGAAGCAUCGAAAUGUGCCUACCUCAACUCCACCUUUUCCAAACACUUCGCUAAACAGCAAGAAUGGCCCGCUCGUUGUUUCCGGAGGAACUAUGUUACCACGAGCGAAUUGA